CUAAAGUAGAAGUAGAAUGGAAUCUAACAUAUUAAUUCGUAUUUGUUUUUAUUGACGAUGGUUAUGGAAUUGUUUAAUGUUUGUUUCCGAUGUAGAGGACUGUAGAUUAUUCAAGUAUAAUCUUUUGGAAUAUUCUCUAAUUACGCAUUCUAGCUUAAUGUUGUCUGGAUUACUCAAUGGAUGCAAUAAAAAGAGCUAGUUUUGCUUCAAAACAAAUUAGAGCUGGACCGGCCCCUUUAGCAUCUUUCGAAGAUUUGCCUUCUGAUGAGCUUGAGAGUCCAGAUGAUAUACCUAAUGUGCCAAUCCAUACAUCUAGUGCUCUUGAUGAUGAAUCAGGUAGCGAUCUCCAGUUUACUACUCCAGACUCUCUAACUAUAUCUUCACAAUCCACACCACGCAUUGAAUGUGAUUUCGACUCACAUUUUACUCUAACUCCCGGUGAUUCUUAUGAAGGACGCCCUUCUUCAGAAUUACGAACAACUUCAUUGUCCUCUCUCUCUAAAGAAACUUCUUUAAAUAUCAAACAAAAGAAAGGUUCAGCUCAUUCAUUAGGGACAGUUGAAGCAUCGGAAACUGACUUAAUCCAAAGAAAAAGCUCUUGGACUGAUAUAUUUCGAACUCACAAUCAAAACAGUGCCAAAUCUAGUACUCCAACUGUUUCCAAGUUUGAUGCUUCAGAUAAGACCUCCAAAAAGAAGAUACAUAGUGAAUUACCUAAAAGGGACUCAGCAGCAGAAAGCUCGAGACAAAAGGAAAAGAGUAAAUUUUUAUCUAUAUUUAAAAAGAAAACCAGUAAAAGUACAACUUCUCCAUUAUCCCCUGGAGAAAUAAUUGCUUCUAAUGAAAAUCUCUCUGAAUUUGUUCAGAAUCUACCUGAUGAUGAGUUGCCUACCAAAAGUACUAAUGGCAAUAUUUCUAAAGGGAAGGAAAAUGAAUUACCUAAAGAAAUUGAAUUAUGUCCAACAAUUUGUGAAGUUCAGAAUGAUUUAGGAAAAGUUAAUACUGAUAGAAAUGAUAAAAUCCCAGAUGAGCGUAAAAUCAAUAGAAAACUCAUCAAUAUUAGUGAAAAAUCAUUUGAAAAAGAAUAUAAUAUAUUAUAUAAACAAGAUGAAGAAAAGCAGGUAGAUAAGAUGUCUAAAUCAGAAAAUAUUCAGGGCGUAGUUGAUGAAAAAGAGCGCGAGUCAUCAGAAUCUGAACUUGUAUUUGAAAAAAAAGACGCAGUUACUGAAGAAACCGAAGAAAAGAAAGAGGAUGAUUUUGAAGCAGAAAAUUUAAUUUCUCAAGAUUUGUCUGAGAUGGAUGAUGAUUCUGUUAUUGAAAUUCAGCCAGUUACAAUUGAUCCUCCUAAGCAGACAAUUAUACCUUCUCGGCAACAAAGAUUAGAGGUGACAACUAAACCUAUUGACAGACCACGUAGCACUACUCCAAUUAAUUGUGCUCCAUUAGAAGCUUUUAUUCAAUCUGUUUCCCCAACAUUUGUUUCUAAGGAUGAAAAAAUUAAACUUUCUUUGCCUGGUGAACAGUUUGUUGGUCGUGUCAAAAGUCCCAAAAAAACAUCUAUAAAAAGUUGGACUGAUUUCUGUGAAAGUGUUCUUCAUAGUCCUCGAAUGCAUAAAAGAAUUGAUACUGAUGACCAAAAUCCAUUUAGUGAUGGUGCUAAUUUUCCUUCAGAUGUGCCAUUUUCAGAAGCCAGUGAUAAUUGGGCUAAUUUUGAAUCAAACUUUUCGUCCUCUGGCUUUGGUGAUAAUUUUACUACUUUAGAAAGUUCAGAAUCUGCUACAAUAGAUGAUAAACAAAAUCCAAAUGAAUUAAUAGAUCCUUACCAACCAUUUGAAGCAGAUUUUUCCAAAUUUACAUGUUCCUGCGAGUGCCAUAAUGUUUCUUGUACUGAACUGUCCAAGUCUGAUCAAAGCAAUAACACACAAUCAAAUAUUUCAGGACAAGGAUUAUCGUUCCCUAUUGGAGCAUGUUCUUGUGAUUGUCAGUUAAAUUCAAAUACCUUUCAUGAAGAUGGUAAAAGUACUUUUUUAGGUGACAGCUUCAAAUCCUGUGAUGCAAGUGACGUGUUUUUGACUGCUGGAUUUACAAAAAGUGAUAAUGAAGUUGCUUCUCGUUUGGAGGAUUAAACAUUUAUUACGAGACAUGAAGAAGGAGAAAUAAUUUUGCUGUUGUCUAAAACUGUGUUAUGUAGAUUCUCUCGUAUCUGUGUCUGUGUUGCAACGUAUCAUUUCUUUGUGAAGUACAAUGACACUAUUGUUUUUCUGUCUUUUAUCAUUACCAGAUUAGUUUUCAUUUACAUAAGAACAAGAAAUAAAGCUGCCAAUGUCAGUUUUAGGGUUGUAUAUGCAAUCAUUAUUUAAAACAUAUCAUCUUCUUCCUUCUGUUGUAAAGAGACCUAUUUCAUCCUAUCAUUUAUAUAUAUAUAUAUAUUAAAAAAAUGCCUAUUUUUUGACAUUCAGUUUCUGUGUGUUUCGUAGAAGCUUU